GAGGGGAGAACUGGAGAAGGCAAGGUCUUUUUGCGGCCGCGUCGCCAUGGCGGGAGAUGAAACCGACGAAUCCUUGACGGAGUACGAGAGGCAGCGGCUGUCGAGGAUACGCGAGAACGAGGCACGCCUCGAGGCCCUGGGCCUCCGCUGUCUCGCAGCGUCCCCUCUCCUCCGCAACCCGUCGCCGCCGGCGGCGGCCAAGGGGAAGCAGAAGAAGCGGUCCGCCGACGAGGAUGAGGAGUACGUCCCGUCCGACGACGGCCGCGGUGGGGAUGAUGAGGAAGAGAGCUCUUCGGGGAGCGAGCAAGAUGAAGAAAUGGAUGGGGAUGGGAAAUCGGCGUCUAGGUCUCGUGCCAAGGGAAAGAAAACGAAAUUGUCAAAGUCAGGUAAACCUACAAAGAUCACGCCUACAAAAGGGAGCUCUUCUUUUGCUGAUUUCGUGGAUGAUGAUGCAGCCUUACAGCAGGCGAUUGCUCUCUCCCUGGCGGAAUCUUCAGAAAAGUCUGUUACCACAAUGGGUGCAGAAACUUCUAGCACAGUAAAGGGAUCAAGUGAAGGCACUUCAAACAAGAAUAAUGGCAAAACAUCUAUUCAGGACUCAGCUAAGAACAGGAAGAUUAAAAUACUGGGUAAGAGCAGGAUUCAACUGACAGAAGAUGAUGUGGUUGCAUUCUUCUUCUCAUUUGAUGAAGUUGGUAAAGGAUAUAUCACACCAUGGGAUCUUGAAAGAAUGGCUACAAUAAACGAUUUCAUCUGGACAGAUUCUGAGAUAUCUAAGAUGAUCCGUUGCUUUGAUAGUGAUGGAGAUGGAAAGAUAAACCUCGAGGAUUUCCGGAGCAUCAUAGCUCGAUGCAACAUGUUGCAGGAGGAGCCCGAGAAGUGAGGAUGAGGCAUGGUGGUGGUCUGAAGAAGAUCGCAUGGGGGAGCAGUGUUUCCAUAGGCUCGCCCGAGACAGUGCAUGAAAGGACUACGCAGAGAGCAGAACGAAGAAUCAAGAAUGCGAAUCAAUGGAGGACAGUAGGCAGUAGCCAUUGUACACUGAGCGUCUGAGCCCGAACUUUAAGUUGCACAGGAGCUUGUCAACUCCCAACUGGCUAAGGGAUUUUGUGAUGGGGCAUGAGUGCUAAUCUCUUCCACGUAACAAACAGUUUCUGAAACUGACAGCUGUUUUUUGUCGUAGCUUCAGCUUGUUUACAAGCGGCAUACGGGGAGGAGCCGUGCCAAA